GUGGAAUUAGGCAGUAACCCUCAGUGCGCUGCGCUGUAGCUGCAUUUGUUUAGCGAUGCCUGAAACUGUCAUGGGAUCGAAGCAGGCACAGAGCCAUGUGAAGCAGAUGCUUGUUCAAAUUCUCGCUGCUGUAGUCAGUGCAAAGCGCUUUGGCAGUGAGCGCUUAGCAGGGCUUCGUCCCACGCUUGCCUGGUUGAUGCUGGCGCUGGCUGCCAGGGCUGGCUGGACGAUGUUGCAGCAUUUGCGGGGUUAUGUGCACCUGCGCAUCUCGGCUCCUCUGAAGCGGAGCGGCGUGAAGUACGCUAAGCCUUGUGCUCAUGGCUGGCGUGCGCCAUGUCCCUGCUGCAAGCGGCCUUUGGACAUCCAGCUUGCUGGGCCGGAGACGCCUCAGCUCAUACACCCGGAAGCAAAGGGAAGAUUUGCCUACUUGAUUUGCUUGUGGGGAUCAUCUCCAGAGUAUAUCGCAGGUGCACUGGUUCUGGGAUCCUCCAUUCAAAGAACAGGCUCCAAACACGACCGUGUAUGUAUGUAUACAGAAGACGUUCCGAAGGAGUAUAUCAGACUGCUGUCCAAGUUUUGGCGCUGCAAAUGUAUUGAUCAUGUUGAUGCGGUUUUGGAGCAACUGAGCUUUCCUGACAGGGAGGAGCGGUUUGCUAACGUUUUUACAAAAUUGCGCGGUCUGGGACUUACAGAGUAUGAGAAAGUUCUCAUGAUGGAUAUUGACCUUUUGGUGAUGUCCAACAUCGAUGAGCUUUUUGAUUUGCCAGCUCCUGCAGCACUACGGCGCGGCAUGAAUGAGUGGGGCAGGAACUGCCAUGGAGAGCCAAUCGAUGGACGCUCAUUUUUGUUAGGCGAAGACAAAUCUAUGCCGCGAUGGUCAUGGGGCCAGGGAACAGGUAUCAAUGCGGGAGUCAUGCUUUGGCAGCCGAACCAAGAAGUGCUGGAGCAGAUGCUCGCAGAACUCAGUGAGCCAAAUCACCCAGAGCAUGUAAGAGGCAAUGGUCCUGAGCAGGACUAUUUAAGCCGUUUUUGGGCAGAUGCUCCGUGGACAUACAUUGGUGUACAAUACAAUUUCCAGCUGCAUCAAAUGUUUUUUGCCUUGCAUCCUGAUAGGGCUCAGUAUGCCGAGAGGGCAAACCUGCUGCACACACCGGAGGAGAUAAAAGUCAUCCACUACUCUGGGAAGCCGACUGCCAAACCUUGGCAUCGCGUACUUGACGACAAGUGGAGGGACUUCUGGCCAAGCAGAUGCCGUGACGACGAGUAUGUGCACCUAUUUGCUGAAGAGUUCAUGGGGUACUGGCUGUGGGUCAAGCGUGAUCGGGCAAAGUUUGAGUCACAGAAGCAGGUCACUGGCAGCUGGGACCUGGCAGGCAUGGAGCUGACGGAAGAUGGUGAGUACUGCAGAACCUCAAAGGGUUACCCAGAGGUGCUGCAUAUACCAGAAGCCGUCAAUCAAGGUGCCAUGAACAUACUCUCACUGUGCCUUUCUAAAUGGUUUGACAUUUACGCAUCGUUGGAGGAAGAGCUUGGGAUUGAUCUUCGGUCAAGUCUCAUGUCAGCGGGACAUUGCAAACCAUCGCCUGCGCCCACCUUGUCCAUGCCUCGGACGGAAACGCUUUUGAAGCACACGGCCUGGCGUCGAACUUCAAGAGGUGGCUGGUGGGUGGAAGCAGAGAAAAGCGACAAAGGCGAGCAGUCCAAUGCCCUGAACAAGCUGACUGCCACGUGCGGCAUAUCACUUGACUCAAAGUUUGUGUCCCUGCGAGACUCCACAUCUAUUUUUGAAGAAUCUGGCCCUGAUGUGUCGGGUCUUUUUGUGAAGCUGCAAGGCCAAACUGCCGCAAGACAUUUCCGAUUGGAUUCUGAAGACCUGACGCCGGUGCAGUUCUGGGUGGCAGGCGUUCCCCCAGGGGCAACGGUUUUGGUGGCGAUGGUUGAUGCUGACGCAGCUUCACUGGAUGCUGUUUUGCGAGUGCUGGCACCCCUUGGGGUGCCCAAACAGCCGCCACCUAGCAAUACGCGUGUGUUAUCAUGCAUCUCCGUGGCAGGCAGCGACGCAUCACAAGAUGUUCCCUGUGCUAAUCAUGCCUCUCCUGAUGUUGCAUAUGCUUCUUUGUUACGUGCAGAAUCGCGUUCGUGAUGGAGAAGUGUUGCGAUGCGCGGAGGGCCACACGUGACAAAUAAGACGUGC